AAAAUAUACAUUCUUAAGUUAUUAAGUUGAUAUAGGCAUUUUACUAUGAAGACCGUGUUUGUUUGCUUGUUAUUCGUGGGUUUGGCUUUGGCUAAGCCUACUGGAGAUGAGGACAACUCGAGAGGGUGUAGAUACAUUAUGGGGAGAUGUGUCGAACAAUGCCCGGUGGGCACCCACGCCUACACCACGGGCUGCGGCCACCUAACCCCAGAGGCGACCUGCGACAACCCGAACCCCAAAGAAGACACACGCGGACAUAUCUGCGACUACUCCUCUUGUUACUGCGACGCGCCCACUGUGCGCGACGAGAAGACCAAACAAUGCGUUAGCUUGGACAAGUGUACUAAAUAAUAGUCGAUUUUUCGUGAACCAGACGGUCGUCCCAAUCGUUUUUCGUCAAGUUCUUAAAUUAGUCCUAUUCUGCUUUCGUCACUCAUUCUACAUUGAAAGCCACCGACGAUUGUGACAAAUCUAGAAUGGGUGACGAAAGCAUAAUAGGACUAAUUUAAGAACUUGAUGAAAAACGAAUGGGACGACCCAAGACGAUACCAACCAGACAUCGAGAAAAUUUACAUGUUUUAAAUUAAUAAAUUGGUUUUACUUUCGUAUUGUUUUUUAUAAACGUCAUGUAACUAAUGAAAUAAAACUAUUGAAACGGAUUA